AUGGCUUCUCAUCUAAAAGGUGUUGCAAAAUCAACUAUGUCAGAUCAAAUACGUAAGGAGUUGUGCGAGUACAAGAGAGAUAGUCCUGCAAGCACACAAAAAGACUUGCAGAGAUGGCUUGAGGGAAAAUUUCAGUUGAAAGUUAGUCAAGGAACAAUAUCAAACACACUUAAACGGUCAAAUGACUAUCUCUCUGCUGAAAUAGAAAAGGGAAGAGCAGAGAUCAAAAGACACAAACCAACAAAAUAUCCUGACAUGGAGAAGGUUGUUUAUGAGUGGUUUCUCCAGCAUCAAGAAUGUGUGAAUAUCACAUGA